AUGUAUCGCUGCCGUCCAGCUGUGCCUCUUGCUGUGCUGAUGUGUCUUCCUGUGCUCCUCUUCUUUUCUGCUCCUCCAGCACGCACAAAAUUAUUUGCACAGUGCUCUGCAGGAAUGCUCUUGGCGACGGCGGGACGUUGGCUUGCAUUCCGUGCCGACAUGGCGAGGCCGCUGCGUGUGUGCCUGCGGUGGGAAUUGCGGUGCCAUUGGAUGGAUGUGUGUGGGACGCCUUUUGCAUUGUGCUGGAGGCCAGCUGACGCGGCUGCACGAUGCCCGCCAUGCGUGAAGGUGUUGCCUGCUCUUGGGGUCAUUCUUCUCCUCGUUGUAUUUGCACUGCCGGGUGCGUGCGUUGCUCGGUGUGUGCUGACGCGUGACGGACGCUGCCACGAUGGCCUCCUCCUGGUGGCGAUGACAGUCGCUGCUUUCUCGGCACACACAUCCACACACACUUCCUUGUUUUUCUGUCGGUGUGAUUGCAGCAGGGCAGUGGUGCGAGCGUGA